GCGCAGCGAGCAGAGCGACGUGGAGAGGAGGCGGCGAUGCGCAUGCGCAGACGUAGUCACGUGACACUAACUGCUUCCUGUCUGACGUCACGUGACAUGGACGACACCGUGGGGCCGAUAAUGUCAACUUGAGCCCAUCGUUUCUCUGACAGGUCUGCUCCUUCGGCAGGGACAGAAGAGCCAGAGGCAAUGGAUGGAUAUUCUGUGAGGAUUCCAGAGGUCGUGUGUCUCGGGGCCAGUCUCACCCUCUCAGGCAUCUGCUACUAUCUGUACAGGAAGAGCCGCAAAACUGUGGAGAGACUUGAUGAAGCUCCACAUUUCACCAUAGAUGGGAAACUCAAAAACAUCUUGAAGGAAAUUCCAGGAGCAUGUCUACAGUAUGCUGUCAUCGAAGGUGCCGUACAGCCAGUGGGCGAGCCUCUGACCAGUCACUUCCAAAAAGAAAUUGUUGGCGUGUUACAGAAAAUAAUGUUGAAACAACAAAGGCUGGUGUGGAAUGGUCUUUCAAGCACUUGGACAGACAGUGAGCUAGUCUUGCACCAGAGAGUGAAUGCGGUGCCCUUUGUGUUAGUGGGAUCGGAUGAGACCACAGUAAAGGUCCUGUGUCCUCUGCAAGCUUCCGGAGUCCACAUGGAGAUUACCCACGAGAAGUUUCACCAGCUCAAUUACGGCCUAGGCGACAUCGUAGGACAAUACCUGAGUGGGGAGAAAAUUAAAGGGCAACUAGAGACCGAGGAAAUGCUCAAGGUGGGUGCAACUCUCACAGGAGUAGGUGAGUUGAUACUAGACACAGAUGGCACCCUGAAUCUUCGGCCCCCUUCCAAUAGUGCACAGUACUUCUUAGGCAAUAUGGACUUUGACACCCUGCGACAAGACCAAGAGAACGUGGCUGUUUGGUGGAAGGCGCUGACCAUUACCUCUGCCUUUGUCGGGGCGGUGGUCCUUUUCUGGGUGGGUCGACGCUACUACUACCACCUAAAAGCUCAGUGGCAGCGGGAGCAGGAGAGGAGGGAAUUUGAGAGAUGGCAGGCUGAAGCCCACAGGGCGCCUGCUAACGUUGCCGACCCCAGAGCGCCUCAGGAUGCGGCAGAGGAACGUGUAGAGAAUCCCUGUGUGAUUUGCCUCAAUCAGCCUCGUAACUGUAUUCUGCUGGACUGUGGGCAUGUGUGCUGCUGUCACACCUGCUACCAGGCGCUUCCACGCCGCCAAUGCCCAAUUUGUAGACAGGACAUCAGCAGAGUGGUGCCACUCUACCACGUCUGAGGCACCUGUGGGACCAAAUGAGCUCAGCGGAGGUUAACCACCAUACAAACUGUACCGACUUUACACCUAAUAGGUCUAAACUGCUGCACUUUCAGCUACAAAAAGGGCAAAAGUUAGUCUUUGAUUUUGAUUUCAAGAAUAAAAUGUAUGUACCAUUAAAAUGUGAAUUUUAAGGAUAUUGUACAAAGGCUUUGUUCACUACACUGUUUCAUUGUAGUAUUUUUAUCUUUAUUUAAAUAAAUAAAUCAUAGGGGGAGCAAGUGUAAAAUUAUGCUAUAGAAAUGUUUAUUUUCCUACGUGUGUAUGUGCCUUAUUUUGGUAAUUUAUAAGACUGCUGCUGUCUCAGAGUGACUGUACCGUACGUAUCUGAAUUGCUGAAGUCUGCCUGUGAGUAACUAAGAUUUAGUUUCAAUUUCACUUACAUUUGUGAUUCACAGGAAGUAACUGAAACAAAGGUACAGCUAGUACCGAGACGAAGUGUUAAGGUGUAAUUAAUGUGCUGCAGACGGAGAGAGUGUUUUGGGAAUUAAUACUACAUACAUAAAAAACUUGUUUUCAUGAAAUCUGAUACAUGUCCUGACCUUAUGUCCCUUCAAGUCUAUUAAAAAUGGGUUUGUAAUUUGCUUUUUUUUGCAGUAUUUAUAUUUGUUGACUUGUUUAUACUUGUUUCACAUCUGUAAUGUCGAUGGUAAACACACGUUUACUCACCACUGACAGAUCAUCCCGACACAUUUUAUGGUGAUUUAAUGAACUUGAUGAUUUUGAUGACAUGAUGCU